AUGGCCAAACCUGUGAAGAGAGGCCAGCGAGCCUCAGCUGGUCCAUCACACUCUGACCAGAGACCACAGUUUUCUCAGCUUCCCCGACCUGGGACCCCCUUCAGUGGACCCCGUCCUGGGUCUCCCUUCUGGGUCCCCCAAUGGGAUGAUGACAUCCUAUCCCAAUGGGGGAAGCACUUGCCUCAUAGGCCUGGGACCCCUUUCAGAGGCCGCCGUCCUGGGACCCCCUACAGUGUCUCCCAAGAGACAUACUUGACCAGCACCAAAUUCCCGAGGGACUUUGCACCCCCGGGGGUGCUUCGACUGACUCGGCACAAGUUCAGGUGCCAAAAGCCUUAUGAGGACAAAACAGUCAAAAUUCCCUACACUGGUACUUCAGGUAGUCUGCGGAGUCUGAGAGCUCUUAUAAAGACUACAUCCAGUAAGAAGACCCUGGACCCCUUAAAGGACCUGAAAGAGAUCAAGGAAAGACAAGUUCCACUUCCUCCAGAGGUUCCUGACUGCAGGAGCAACCCACUGAGCAGGGAACCCAGACCAUCUGCCUUACCUCCCGCCACUAGAAAAAGAGUGGCCUCAACUUCUGUGCACAGACCUGGGAAGGUGCAAAGAAGCCUGGAUAUGUCUACUGUGUUUGAAGAACCUAUGGACUUUGACCAUUCGGGCACCAGAGUGUCUGUAACAUCUCCAAGACACUGUGCUGGGGAUGCCAGUGAAAAGGUCAACGAGGAUGACAGAGCGCCUGGGCCGUCUCCUGCUGACUCUUCCACUGACCAACGUGGACUGGUAAUUUCCCCACAAUUUCAAGGUUCCCUGCAACCUUCCUCCCCUACCCAAGGAGCUCUGGGAUCUUCCACUUCUUCCCAAGAUGCUCAGGGACUAUUCCUAUUCACCGGAGAGGUUCUGGGAGGAACCCGAUGUGAUCAAGGGUCUAUGGGGCAUUCCAUAUCUUCCCAGGCAUCCCAGAAACCUCCCCCUUUUGCUGAAAGGAAAAUCAAACAUGUCUCCCUUUCUAGAAGGGUUUUCAAAAGUCCAUCCUCUAGCCGGGGGGUCACUAAUCAUUCCAAUUCUCCACCAAAGAGUUUUAGACAAGCCCCUUCUGAUCAAGGGGACCUACAGCAGGCCCCAUUAGACAAAGAGAGCUCCAAAUGUUUUUCUCCAAAAGGGGUGCUCAGUGAUUUCUCAUUUUCACAAAAUGAAAUGUGUCCUAACCCCUCUCACCAGGGGAGUUUAACACCAUUGAAAGCUGCCAAAGAUGACUGGAGAGCUAUACCCUCUCAUGAAGAGAGCCAAAGCUGUUUUCCCUCUCCCCAGAACAACCCUAAGCAAUCCAUAUCUGCUGAAGUGAGCUUGAGUGCGGCCUCCUCUGACCAAGGGUAUUUUAUAACUUCCCCAUUAAAGCAAGAGGGCUUUCAAUGUCCUCCACCAGAAAAUGGGCUUGCAUCUUCCCGUACAGCACAGGGGGGACAAAGCCUUAUCACUACUCCCCAAGUGGACCUCACACCACUCAUUCCUAUCCAAACAGAAACAAAACUAUCUCCAUCUACAUCAGGGAUUCCAGAACCUUUGCCAUCUUCAGAAGGGGACCUAGACAGUUCAACAUAUCUACAAGAGAUGCUAGGAACUCCCAAGUCUACCCAAGGGACCCGUGUACCUUCUCAACAUACACAAAGGUCUCUAGCACCUGCAUCAACUACUCUAGGGGUUCUGAGUCCUUCUGUAUCUGUCAAGAGGGCUCCAGAAUUGUCUACAUUUAGAGAAGUGGGUGAAAGACCUAUUCUCUCUCACAAAGGGAAAUUCAAACCUAAUCCAGAUAUGAAAAUGGACAAUGGAUAUUCCCACUAUAACAAAAAGAGAAGGACAGAUCCUCCUUCUGAGCAAGGUGGAUUUCCAGUGUCCCUAUCAGACCAAGAGGGCUGUAAAUGUACCCUGCCAAUCAAAAAGGCCCUUCUGAUUCGUCAUUGGAAACAAAAUAGCCAAAGAUAUGCCAAGAGAGUUCAAGUGAGACACGCAUGCUCCACAACUACCCAGGGUGCUAAGACAAUACAGCCUUCCCUUCUUCCUCAGGGGUCGUUAGGACUUUCUACAUGUGCAGGAGAGGCUCUUGAAAUUUCUACAUAUACACCAGGAUUACCAAGUCAUUUACAACGUGUCCAGCAUGUUUUGGGUUCUACCAUACGUGAUAAAGGGACUGUGGAACAGGACACAUCUGCAGAAGGGGUUCCAGACUCAUCCCCAUCCUUAGAAAUGGCUCUUGGAUGUGACACAUGUACACAAGAAUUUGUAGCAAAUUUCACAUUGAGAGAAGAGGAUUACUCAGAUUCUACCUGCCCACAAACACCCACAGGACCUCUCCACUCUUCACAGGAGGCUGUGGAAAUUUCUCCAUCUCCUCAAGGGUAUCAACAAUCUGUCACAACUACACAAGAGGCUAUAGGCCAUUCCCCAUCUGCACAAAGGGAUAUUAGUCUUUCCACAUGCCCACAAGUGACUCCAGAACAUCCAACAAAUACCCCAAAGGUUCUGGAUUCUACCUUAUCUUCCCAAGGGCCCUGGGAACCUGUUUUGUCCAACCAUCUGCCUCUGGAACCUACCAUCUCUAUACAAAAGUCUUUAUUACAUUAUUCGCCUGAUGAAAGUGUUCCUGAAACUUCCACAUUUACACAAGGAGGUCUAGUAACUUCCUUAGCUGCCCAUGAGGAUUUUAGACCUACUACAUAUGCACAGGAAACUUUAGAGGAUACCACACCUACACAAGUUCUAGAAAUUUCCCCUCAUUCUGAUGCUGUAGUAAAAGAACACACAUGUACACCUGACACAGUAGCACCUUCCCCUUCUGUGAAAGAGGCCCAAAGAUCUACCAUAUCUGGAGAAGGCACUUUACCAUCUUCCCCAUCUACACAAGAGAGUUUCAUGUGUAUCCCUUCUCAGGAGGGAAAUAUUAAACAUGUUUCCUCUACCCAAGUGGGCCCUGGAUGUUCCAUUUCUACCAAAAAGAGGUUGAGAGAUGAGCCUUCUGAUGAAGGGGACUUCGGAACUUCCUCAUCUGAGGAAGGCAGUUUCAUACUCCUCCCUUCUUCAAAAAGGGUAUGUGCAUCUUCUACUGCUCCGAAAGAAACAUCAAUCACUACAAGUACUCCUCAGGUAAGUCCUACGCCUUCUAUAUCUGUCCAAAAGGCCCCACAAUGUUCCACAUCUGAACAAAGGACUGUGGAACAUUGCCAUUCUAACCAAGGGCCUCGUGAACAUUUCAUAUCUUCCCAAGAGGCCCAAGGGCCUUCUCUGUCUUUCCCAAAGGGUCUAUGUCAUUUACCAUCUGUCCCAGGCCUUCAGGAACAUUCUCCAUCUCUGUCAAAGGCUCCAGAAAAUUCUACCUAUACCCAAGGGGAUCUGUCAAUUUCUAAAUCUGACUUGGGAGCCUUGAAACCUUCCUUAUCUGCCAAAGGGUCUAAGGGAAAGCCCAAACAUAAACAAAAACUUCUUGAAACUUUGCCAUUAGCACAAGAGGACCUGACAUCUCCUAUGUCCUCCAAACCAUCUAAAGAUCCCUAUGCCUCCUCCUGCCUUCUUGCUGCAGAACACUUUCCAUCUCCCCCAGGGUCUCUAGCAUCAUCAACAUCUGAGCAGUGCUAUCUAGGAACUUCACCAUCUUGCCAAGGGUUUCUUGGACAUUCACCAUCUGCCCCAGGAGACAUGUGUUGUUUCCAGGCUGCCCAGGGAGCAAAAGAACUUUUGCCAUCUGCCCAAGGGCCUCAGGAAAGUUUUCCACCUUCAUUAAGUUAUUCAAGACAUUUGCCCAACCUUCCAGGAGAUCUGGAAGAUUCUUCACUAGAACGAGGGAUUUUAGAACAUGUCCGUCCUGCUCAGGGCUCUCUGGAAACUUCAUGCUCACCUAGGGUGUCUUUGCAAAGGCCCUUGUUGUCCCUACAAAGGCCUCUGGAUCUUUCCAUAUCUACUCAGGGGAAUGCUGGUACUUCCCAAUCUGAACAAGGGUUGCAAAGAUUUUUACCAUCUAUACACAAAUAUCUGGAAAAUUCCCCUUCAGCCUUUGCACCUCUUGAGCACUUACCAGUGGCUCCAAAUGCUCAGGGAUUUUCAACUCUGUCUCAGGAAACCCCUUCCCAAUUGUUGCCUGUUCAUGGAAUUCUAGAAUUACCUCAAUAUGGCUCAGUGGCACUACCAUCAAUGCCAUCUGUCCAAGGGCUUAAGGGAAGUCUCUCAUCCUCAGAAUGUACCAUAGCCCCUGUGAUCUCAGUCCAGGGGUCUGUGGGACUUUCCCUAUCUGCACAAGAGCCUAUAGAAUUUUCCAAAUCCACAAAAGCAAUUCCAGGGCAUUCUCUGUCUGCUCUAGAUGAUGUCUCACCUUUCAUAUCUUCCCAGGAGACUCUGGGACUACUGUCCUCUGUGGAAGUGGAUGUGGGCACAUAUUCACACAACACAGGAUCUCCAGGACAAUUGAAAAAUAUCUCAAUGUUUCCAGGAUCUAUGAUAUCUGAUCAUGAUCCUGUUGUAAUUUCCUUACCUGCACAAGGGACUCUCAGACAUUUGCCAUCUGCUCAAGAGGAUGUGGGACUCUCUCUGUCUGCCCAACAAGCUCCAGAACUGUCCACAUUGGAACAAGGGUCUAUCCAACAUGUGGAGGCAGCAAAGGUGGCUCUGGUAAACCCAUCAUCUCCCAAAGGGGCUAGCGGAAAAUUAGAACAUUUUCCACCUAGCGAAGGAGCUCUUGAACAUUCUUCAAUCCACCAGGGGACUCAAGAAAGUUUGAAAUCUUCCCUAGAGUCUCUUGAAAUUUUGACAUCUAACUCUAAACAUGUCAAAAAUUCUCUUUCUGCCGUAGGUAGUCUGGAGUCCUCUCUAUGUGGUCCAAGGGUUCUUGGACAUAUGCUAGCUGACAAACACCCUGAACAACAUUCUAUAUAUGCACAGGGAUCUCUGGGUAAUUCACUGUCUACCCAAGAGGCUCAAGAACACUUAGAACCUUUAAUGGGGAAUUUGACACCUUGCCAAUCUGCCAAGGAGGGACUCAAAACUUUUAUACCUUCACAAAUUGUUCUGGAAAGUGCUCCAAAUAUUUCAGAGGGUCUAGGAGCUUUAUCAUCUGCUCUGGAACACAUGGGACUUUCCUCAGUAGCAAAUGAGUCACUAGAGAACUCCCAAUAUGCUGAAAGUGUUGUGGAGUCUUCUUCUUCUGCCACUGGAGCUCUAAGAACUACAUUUGCCCAAAAGUCUUUGGAAAAUUCUUUACCUGGAAAAGGUAUUAGGGAAACAUCAUCCUCCCAAGGGGCUUUGAAAAUAUUAUCAUCCACAAAAGGGAGAGUUGAAAAUAUAUCAUCUCCUGAUAGGUCAGUGAAACCUCCUACUUCUUUACAGGAGGCUUUGAGACCUUCUUCAUUGAUCCAAGGCCCUCACCAACAUCCACUAUCUGCACAAGGGCCUCUGGGUCCUCCUCAAACUGACUCUGGCAUUCAAGGACCUUUAUCAACUCCAGAGGCUGGAGGAAAUUUAUCAAGGGAACCAGGCUCUUGGAAAACUUGCACAAUGACCCCAGAAACUCUAGAUAAUUUGCAAUCUGCUGAAGGACCUGAUGAUCUGUCUAUAUCAGCACAUGACAUGUUUGAUCCUUUACCACAUAACCAAGGGGCUCUAGGAAUUUUGGUAUAUUCUCCAGGGCUCAUGGAACCAUCAGAAUCAGAACAUAGGAAACUUGGGCAUGUGUCAUCUGUGGGAAAAGAUGGAGAAAUUUCACCAUUUGAGAAUCCAGCCAAAUCAACUUCCUCAUCGACUCCAUAUGUACCUUUCAUCACAGAGGUUUUGGAAUCUUCCUCAUGUGGUCUGGGCUCUCUGGGGUCUCUGUUAUCUACCAGAGAGGAUGCAAAAGGCACACCCUCUGCACCACUUGCACAGGAACCUUCUUUAUCUACUUCCCAGGCCCUAGAAUAUUUUGUAACUACCCAAGGGGCUCUGCAAAUUAACACAUGUGAUGAACAGACUCUGUGCCUUUUGCCAUCUACAGUAGAGAAUGUAGAACAUUCCACUUUUUCUCGAGGGUUUCCAAGAAGAUCCCAAAUACUCCCAAAUGUUCUUGACCAUCUGUCCAGUAGCAGAGAGUAUGAGGAAUUUUCUCUCUCUGCUCCAGGAACUAAAAACAUCUCCUUACUUGUUCGAGAGCCUUUAGAACAUUCCUCCCUACAAAAUGCAACUCAAGCCACUCCCCCUUGUCUUCAAGAGGUGGUGGGAUCUUUGCUAUCUGAACAAGGGUCUUUGGAAAUGUCUUCAUCUGAUCAUAGUUCUCUGGGACCAUUGGCACCUACACUAGGAGCUGGGGGACCUUCCCUAUCUGAAGCAGAUUCUAUACAACUCUCUGCAUCUGCACAAGUGAACAAAGCACAUUUGACCUCUUCCCUUGGACGUUCAGCAUCUAAAUAUUAUGAACCGAUGAUGGUGGGAGUUUUGCCAGCUCUCCAUGGAGAUCUUGAAUCUUCUCAGUCUGAUCAAAGGACUCUGGAAAUGACCAAGUUUGCAGAAGGAGCUCUAGAAAAUUUAUCAGUUGCUCAAAGAACUACAAAACUUUCAACUCAUUCCCAGGAUGCAAAUAAAUCUUCUCUAUCUGACCAAAGUCAUCUAUUAUAUUCACCAUGUGUCAAAGAGGCUUUGAUACCUGCUCUGUCUGAUCAGGAAACUGAAGAAUCAUUGUUAUCCUCCUCAGAGGAUACAGAACAUCCACAGUCUUCAGCUAGUGCUCAGAUGCAGGAACCUUCUCUAUCUAUCCUAGGGCCUCACAACAUCUCCUUACUUGCUCCAGAGCCUUUAGAACAUUCCUCCCUACAAAAUGCAACUCAAGUCACUCCCCCUUGUCUUCAAGAGGUGGUGGGAUCUUUGCUAUCUGAACAAGUGUCUUUGGGAUGGUCUCCAUCUGAUCAUGGUUCUCUGGGACCAUUGGCAUCUACACUAGGUGCUGGGGGACCUUCCCUAUCUGAAGCAGAUACUAUACAGAUAUCUGCAUCUGCACCAGUGAACAAAGCACAUUUGACCACUUCCCUUGGGCCUUUAGCAUCUAAAUAUUAUGACCAGAUGAUGGUGCAAGUUUUUCCAGCUCUCCAUGGAGAUCUUGAAUCUUCUCAGUCUGAUCAUAGGACUCUGGAAAUGACCAAGUUUGCAGAAGGGUCUCUAGAAAAUUUAUCAGUUGCUCAAAGAACUACAAAACUUUCAACUCAUUUCCAGGAUGCUAACAAUUCUUCUCUAUCUGACCAAAGUCAUCUAUUACAUUCACCAUGUGUCAAAGAGGCUUUGAUACCAGCUCUGUCUGAUCAGGAAACUCAAGAAUCAUUGUUAUUCCCCUCAGUAGAUACAGAACAUCUACCCUCUUCAGUUUGUGUUCAGAUGCAGGAACCUUCUGUAUCUACACUAGGGCCUCAAGACUCUUUGCUAACUACACAAGAGCCUCUGAAACUUUCCAUAUCUGUCUGUGACUCUCUGUGUCCUUUUCCAUCUUCCAUAGAGUCUGAGACUGUAGAGCUUUCCACAUCAUCUCCAGAGUAUCUGCAACCAUCCCAGAUCAUUGUGGAAUCUGCACAAGGGGAACUAGAAUAUUUUUCAACUGUAGAACAAUGUAAAAAUCAUUCUUCAACAGCCGCACAAACUACAAGAAAAUUAUCCUCAUUCCAAGGGUGUGGAGAGCAUUUAUCAUCUGCCCCAUGUGUUGAGGAACAUUUCCAAUCUGACCCAGCGGACCUAGCAACUUUGAUUUCUUCCCAAGGGCCUCAGAAACUCUUUAAAUUGACUCAAGGUUUGUUGCAUCCUUCAGCAUCUUCCCAAGAGUCUCAAGAACCUUCUGAAUCUUCCCAAGAUGUUGUGGGAACUCACGAAUCCUCUGAGAGGAUUUCUGGCUAUUUUGUACCUAAAGUAGAGCCAGUGGAAACUUUUACAUCAGUUUCAGGGGCUACAGUAACUUCACCAUCUGCUCCACAACCUCUGGAAGUUUCUUCAUUAUUACAUGUGACUUCAGCGACUUCUCUAGCUGACCAAAAGGUAAUGGAACCUAAACCACCUUCACAAAGAACUCUAAAAGUGUUGUCAUUGCCACAAGGGACCCUAAAACCUUUGGCAUCUGCCCAAGAAAAUGGGAGAAAUUCUCAAUUAGAAAAAGAUACUUUUUCAGUACAGGGCAUUUUAGGAUCAUUGCCAUGUACAACAGGAGUUCUACAAUCUACUCCAUAUGCACAUAAACUACCAGAAAUAUUACCAUCUACCAAAAAGAAUUCUCUAUCUCCUAAAGAAUCUUUGGUACUGCCUACAUCUGCAAAUAGGACUCUUGAGAAUUUGCAAUCUGAUCAUGAACUUACAAAACAUUACAAUUCUUUUCAGGAAGCUUCUAGACCUUCUCUGCUUGUCCAAGGUCCUCUGCAAGAUUCAACAUCUGCUUCAGAGACUCUGAGACCAUAUUCUCACCAAGGAAUUCAAAAGUUUUUGUUGUCUCCCCCUAGUGCAGUGAAACCUUCAUCAUCUGUACCAAAUGCUAAUAAACCUCUCCAAACUACUCUAAGGAAUCGACCAACUCGCUUAUCUAAUCAAAGGCAUCGGGAAAAUUCUAUGUCUCUCCAGGGUACACUGGGUUCUUUCUCAUCCAGAUCAGGGUCUGUAGAACAUUCAGCAUCUUCCCCAUUAAUUAUGGGUCCACCGGCAUCUUUCCAAAGUAAGCUAGGACACUUGUUUUGCACAGAUACAUCAUCGUCUUUCCAAGGGCCUACAGGGCCUUUGUCAUUUCCUUCUGGGACUACAGGACAUUUACAACAUGGCACAAGAUCUCAUGAAUCUUCUUUAUCAGCAUCCAAAGAUCUCCCACAUUUUCUAUCUGACCAAUGUUACAUAUCUACUCAGGGAACUUUAGCUUCUUCACCGUAUAGCCAACAAUCACUACAACAGUCAGCAUCUUCCCAAGAAAUGUUGGGACCAUCCAAGUUUGACCAGUGCACACGUAGUCAUUUGUCUUCUGUCCCAGAUGAUUUGGGGAUGUCUACAUUUGUCCCACUGAUUACAGGCACAUUGCCACAACCCCCAAUGACUCCAGGACUUUCCUCACUAACACAAUCAAGUCCAGUUCCUUCCCCAUCUUUGCAAAAAGAUGAUGAAUUUUCCCUAUCUUCACAAGCAACUCUGAAAGUGAACACGUCAGGGCAGGAGACUCUAAAUCCUUCACCAACUACUCGAGUUCCAGAGAAAGCUUCUCUUUAUACAAAACCCAGUUUGUCUGCUGCAAGGACUAUAGGAGCUUUGCCAUCAACUCGAGUGCCUAGAGGACAUUUAACUUUGACCCAAGGAUCUGCAGAGUAUUUCCCUUCCAGCCAAGAGAAUCUAGAACCUUUGCAACCUGCUCAAGGGCCUCUGAAACAUUUUAUGUCAUCGCAGGAAAUGCUGCAUUCAGCACAAUCUGCUGAAGAGACUCUGCAACUUUCAGCACCUUCCCAAGCAGUUCCCGAGCCAAAUACAAAUUCCCCAUCUACCCAAGUGACUAGCGGAAAGUUUCUAUCUGUACCAGGGCAUCUGGAUCUCUUGUCAUCAACACAAGUGACUUCACUAUUUUCUCAUUCUGAUGAAAGGACUGUGGAAACAUGCCCAUCAUCACCAGGAACUCUGAAAAUGUCCAAAUAUGCACAAGGGACUCCAGAGUCUUCUGCUUCCCAGGGUACUGGGGAGUUUCUCUUAUCUGCCAAAGGCACAUUGGGAAAUUCAAUAUCUGCAAAUCAGACUGUAGGACCUUUUCCAUCCAUGACAGAACCUGUGAGGUCUAUCCGAAAUACCCAGACACUAUUAGGAUCUUUGCAAUCUGGUCAGAGUUCUCUGGGGGUGUCUCAGGGUGCAGAAGGGCCUGUGAAUCCUUCUUUAUUUUCCCAAGGGUCUCUGGACUUCUCUGUGUCUGCCAAAGGGACUCUAGCACCAAUGUUGUGUAAUCAAGGAACUAGGAAACACCCUGCUUCAUCUAAAACCUGUCAGAAAACAUCUCAGUCAGCACAAAAUUCUCCACAACAACCACCAUCUGUCUCAGGACUUCCGAAUCCUUCCCAAUCUGAACAGAGCACACUAGGAUCUUUAUCCUCUCCUCCAGUAUCUUCCCAAGAAGGGGGAGGACCUUGCUUGUCUUCCCGGGGGACUCUGGAAGAUUCUACCUGCAUACAUGUCAAUCUAGGGAUAUCCAAUUCUUCUACGGGAGAUUUGGGAACUUCCCCAUCUAAUGCAGGGACUCUAGGAUCUUCUCCAUCUGCCCAAGUGGAUUUAAUAACGUCUCCAACUGUCUCAUGGACUCUGAGACCACCCCUGUCUGCCAGGGGUAUUCUAGGAUCAUCGACAUCUGCCCAAGGGGCUAUGAAACUUUCAUCAAAUACUCAGGUGAAUACAGAACCUUUGGCAUAUGCCCAAGAUGAUCUACGACUGAGGUCUCCUUCGCAGGAAAAUCAGGGACCUUCGCAAUUUUCCCAGGGAGAAUUAAAAGUAUUGCUAUCUGCCCAAGAGGGUUACAAAACUACUCUGUCUAAUUCAGAGCCAGUAGAAAAUUUUCUAUCUGCCUCAGGAACUCCUGGCCUUUUCAAUUCUGUACUGCAAGAUGCUGGAGGAUCUUCCUUAUCCUCCCAAAAUAAGGUGAGACUGUCCACAUCAUCACAGAAAUGUGUAGAAUCUUCAUCAUCUCAUCAAAUGUCUCUGAAACAUCCUCCAUAUUCUCAAGGGUCUCUGGGAACUACCCCAUCUUCACAAGGUACUCUUGGAGAUUCCUCACAAGACAAAGUGUGGCAGAAAUUGUCUGCUUCUGCCAAAGUGACUCCAGGACAGUCACCACAUCACGAGAGUUAUGAAGGAAAUAUUUUAUCUACCCAAGGAACUGUGAAAUUGUCUCCAUCACGACAAGAGUCUCUUGGACAUUCCUCAUUUUUCCAAUGGUCUCCAAAAUCAUCCACAUCUUCCCCCAAAGUUCUAGGCCCUUCUUAUGACCAAGGGGCUGUAAAACAGGUGCCAUCUGUCCCAGGAGCUGGACAUUCUCUCUCUUGCCAUGAGGUAUUGCAAAAAUUAUCAUCUUCUAAAGUUACUCUAGAAAUGUCAUCUUCUGUCCAGAGAGCUUUAGAAGCUCCAUUAAAUGAGCAGGGUGCUCUACCACUUCAGCCUCAUUUCCAAGGGUGUCAGGGUCCUUCCCAAUGUACCCCAAAGACAUCAGAAUCUUUGCCAUCUCACCAAACAGUUUUGAAUUUUUUAAAAUCCUCAUCAAGAUCUCUAGGAACUAUGACGCCUCUCCCAGCAACUCUGGGAAAUUCAAUAUCUGUUCAUGGUGCUUUGUGCCCUUGUGAUUCUGACCAACAGAUUCAGGGAUCACCAUCUUCUCUCUGGGAAGCUCUUCAAUUUUCUCCAUCAUCUAAAGGUUCACUGGGACCUCCUCCAUCUGUACCAGAGCCUUUGGAAUCUUUAUUGUCAGACCAACUGUGUCCAGAAUUGUCUAUAACUACCCAGGAGUCUCUAGGACUUUCACCACAUCAGCAAGGGUGUUUAGGGGAUUCACUGUUUACACAAGGGUCUCUGGAAUCUUCCGUAUCAGUACAAGAGUAUGUACAACAUUCAAACCCUGAUCAAGGGACUCCAGAAACUUCUCCAUCUUCCCAAGAGGAUCUUGGCCUUUCUUUAGCCAAAGAGAUUUUAGUAUAUUCACCAUCUUCUCCUAGAUGUUGUAGAUUUUCUCAAACUUCAGAACAUUGUCUAGGAACAUCACCAUCUACCCAAGGUUCUAGACAGAUAUCAUCAUCUGUCCAUGAGUCUGUAGAACCAACUCCAUCAUCUCAAAGUGUUCCAGGAAUCCAGCCUCCUUUGGAGGAACCUCCCAGUCCUUCUGAAUGCACAAUAAAGGCAUCAGAACCUUUGCCAUCUUACCAAGAGCUCUAUAAGACAUUAAAAUCUAUCUCAAGGUUUUUAGAAACAUUGAUCUCUGUCCUAGAGUCACUAAGAGUUUCAACAUCUGCCCAAGGUGCUGUGGGCUCUUCUGUAUGUGACCAAGGAAUACUGGAAUCACCAACAUUUUCCAAGGAAACUCUGGAAUGUUCUCUAUUUGAACAGGGAUGUGUGAAAUAUGCCCCAUGUCAAAUAGGGCCUAUAAGACCUUCACUAACAGACCAAGGUUUAGAGGAAUUGUCUUCAGGGGGGAAAGUAACUCUGCAAGAUUCACCACCUCAGCAAAUCUAUUUAGAAAAUGUGUUGUCUACAAGAGGGGACCUGGGACUGUCCACAUCUGCACACGAUUCUCUUGGACAUUCACCAUAUUCUCAAGGGUCUCUUGGACAUUCAGGAUAUGCCCAGUAUUCUGUGCAACCUUCUGUAUCUGAAAAUAAAAUUUUAGGACCCUCAAUAUCUCCUGAGGAAACUCUGGAACUUUCUUCUCUUGACCAAGGAUCCGUGAGGCCCACUCCACCUGCACAUGGGACUAUGGUACACACUCCCUCAGAAAAUGGUUGUCAGACAAUAUGUUCAAGUAUACAAGGAGCUACACAAUCUCAGCAUAAUUGUGUAGGAAUUUCAUCCAAUUUGCAAGAGGGUCUGGGAGUGUCCAUACCAGUGCAAGGAUCUCUUGAACAUUCACCAUCUGCUCAAGGGUCUCCAGAUACUUCCUUGUCAUCCCAACAUGCUCCAUGCCCUUGUCUGGAUUCAGGGCCCUUAGGACAUUCAUCAGCUGAUUCAGGAGAUGUUGAACUUUCUGACUCUCCCCAGGGGACACCAGAAAUUGAACCAUUUACUGAAAGUACUCUAGAAAGGCCACCUUCUACCCAUGGGAUUAUAGAAGCUUCACCAUCUUCCCAAGAUGAUCUAGGAUUUCCACCUCAUUCAGUACAGACUCUGCAACAUUCCCCACUUAGUCCAAUGAGAACAGAACCAUUGUCAGCUACAAAAGAGGUUUAUAAACCUUCAAGGUCUGUAUCAGGCACUCUAGAAUCUUUUCCAUCUGUGCCAGGGGCUCUGGGACUUUUCAAAUAUAACCAAGGUGUUCUGGGACCUUUGGUAUCUCACCAAGGGAAUCUGGGACCACCAACAUCUCUCCAUAAUACUUGGGAACAUCCCAAAGGAGUCCAAGGGGCCCUCGAAUCUGUGCCAUCUACCCAAGAAUCAGUGGGGCAUUGCUUUUCAACAGAGUUUCCAAGAAUGUUCAUUUGUGCCCGUAGCAACUUUAUUCCCAAUCCUCAUAAAGACUCCCUGAGACAUUCCUAUUUUCCCAAAAUGAGCUCUAGACAUUCCAAUAAAACCAAAAAAAUGUCAAGACAUGUCCCAUUUCCUGAAGUGGAUAUCAGAUAUUCACUUUCGGAGCUUGAUGGCUUAACAUCUUUUCCUUCUGUCAAAAGUAGUCUCACAUCUUCUGUACAUGACAAUAAAGUCUCAAGUUGUACCUUUAUUCCUGAAAGGAGCAGCCCACCCCCAUCAUCAUCAGAUUUGAGCUUAUCUCGUUCCCCUGAUGAAGGAGAUCUCAGAUUUUAUCCCUCACCAGGAUCCACACAUUCUAAACUGAAGAAAAAAUUAAGACAUGGUUCAAAAGAAGCAGUCCUCAAAUCUGUCCCAUUAGAAGAUGAAGACUUGAAUCUUCACCAUUCUUCAAAAAAGGGCGGCAAAGAUUCCAAUUCUGACAAACACAGUGUGAGGCUUAAAACUGAGCCCAAAGAGACCCUCACUACUUUUUCCUCUGCCAAGGGAGGUUGCAGAUCCUCACAAUCUCAUGAUGAGAAACUCAGAAGUCCUUCGUCUCAUGAUGGCAUCCCUAGACACUUCAAAUCUAUGAAAACUAAAUUGGAACAGGUCCCCUCUAACAAAACAGAUAUUCCUGCUUCUCAUUCAGAACAUGAGCAAUGCAAACAAUCCUCUCUGUCAAAAAUAGGAUCCAGACAUUCAUCUUCCAAAAGGGACCAGAAAACAAAAGCUACUCCACACGAGGGCAUAGAACCUGCCAUCUCUAAGGUAGGCUGCAGAUCCUCACAAUCUCAUGAGGAAGGCCUCAGAUGUUCUCCAUCUCCCCAAGGCAGCCCUAGACAUUCCACAUCUACCAAAACCAAAUUGGAACAGGUCCCCUCUAACAAAGCAGAUGUUCAUGUUUCCCAUUCAGAACACGAGGGCUGCAAACUACGCUCUUUGUCCAAAUCAGGGUCCAGACAUUCAUCUUCCAAAAGGGACCAGAAACCAAAAACUACUCCUCAAGAGUGCAUAGAACCUUCCAGCUCUAAGGGAGGCAGCGGAUCCUCACGAUCUCAUGCGGAGUGUGGCAGAAAUUCAGCUAAAGAUAUGGAUAUCUUAAACUGGGAAGAGGAUUUAGAUGGUGAGGCAAUGCUAGGACCAUAUGAGUCACCAGAAGGAAAAGGCCUCAUCCUUCAAGCCCAUACCAGUGUAGCUGAUGAUAAACGUCCAGAGGACUUAGAACAUGAGACUGCAAAUCAUGACGAUGGAUGA